UUGACUAAAUAAGCUCUUGUGUCAUGUAGUAUUAAUGUUAAACAAAGUAUAAAAAUGGUGCUUCUUUUGUACAGAUUUUUACCAAAACUGCAUUCAAUAAAAUAUGUUUUAAAGGAUAAGUAUUUAUCAAGAAGUAUCUAUUGUCACAAUAUUUUCAGAAACAAGGAAAAAGAAAAAGAAUAUGAAAAUUUUGUUAAAAAUCUUGAUGUUUACAAAGGUGGAGAUGUGAAUUUGCAUUUUUAUAAUGACGAUGGUAUUGCUGUAAUUACCUUUGAUAAUCCAUCAAGUAAAAAUGCUUUUACUGGCUCGAUGAUGCUUAAAUUUAGAUCCAUAGUAAAGGAGCUGCAUAACUGGGAACAAGGGAAAUGUAUUAUAUUACAGGGUGCAAAUAAACAGUUUUGCAGUGGUGGUGAUUUAAAAUCGUUUGUCCGUCACAUGGAAACACCACAACAUGGAUAUCUUAUGUCAAAGUUUAUGCAAUCUUUGACUUCAGAAUUUUCAAAAUUGCCAUUUAUUUCUGUUUCUUUGGUGCAGGGUAAUGCAUUGGGUGGAGGAGCUGAGAUUCUUACAUCAACUGACUUUAGAGUAAUGCAACAAAGUGCUGUAAUAGGUUUUGUUCAAACACGACUUAGCAUCACAACAGGGUUUGGAGGUACAACACGACUUGUUAAUAUUAUUGGUAAAAAAAAUGCUUUAAGGUUGUUGAUGUCUGGUUGCUUAGUGACAGCUGAGGAAGCAAUUCAAAUUGGCCUAGCAGAUAAAAUUGUUUGCGAUGAUAAGGAUGCAUUAGAAUCUUGCAUCAAGUGGUUAUUAAAUGAGCAAAAUUUGGCAAAGAUUGAUUCUCAACUUCUACAGAAUUUGAAGAUGUCUGUUAUGUACGCAGCUUCUAAUUCAUAUGAAGAAUCUUAUGAGUUUGAAAGAAAAAUAUUCAAGAAGUUUUGGAUGGGGAAAAUGCACCUAAAUGCUUUAGACAAAAACCUCAAGCAUAAAUAAACUUAAAUAUAAAGAUAAUUUUUGAUAGAUUUUUAUGAAUUUUUAAAAAAAUUUUGUGCAUCAACUUGUAAAAACAUACUUAUAAUGACUACAAUGAAAUGUUUUUUU